UAUAAAUAGAUAAUUCUAAAUAGUUAAAGAAAAUUCAAGUUAUUCAAGUAAAAUUUUUUUUAAAUCGUAUCUAAAAGCUAUAUUUUUUUGCUCUCAUAAUGCCCAGAAAAAGCUACAAAGAGCCAACAUUGGUGUUAUCGAUUUCGACCGUGACCUAUAUAAUGCUACACGCGUGCAAUCUACUUCCUGAAACGUGAACAUGUCCAAAUUGUUUUCAAUUAACAUUUAGGUCCUUGUUAUUGAGUAAUCCACAUUAUGAUAAUAGAAGCGAUUCCGUAACAAGUGUCUUCAUUGCUAUUGCUCAGGCAUUUCUUUGUUGCUCCAUAUGGGAAACGUGCUAGUGUUGUUUUGAUUUAAAACAUUAUA